AUGGAGAAUUCCGAGUUGAGUGAAAUCAUCUUAACGGAGGCGGCGCGGUGCGCCCGUGGUCGCCUCGACAGCGAAGCCUCCGCUCGUCUCAUCCGCUUCUUGUACGACGCGAAUGGACGCAACCACGUGUACCAGUGCUGCCUCGACCUCGCCCAGGACCCAGGACGGCGACAGCGCAUUAUGAUGCUCCUGCGCAACUACGUUCACAGCUUCCCGCCAUCCUUGGCUUGUCUGCGCGCCAUUGAGAGCUUUUGUCACCUGCACUCCACCGCUGAUGUGAGUCAGGAGCUGCUGAGGCUGACGGAAUCGCUGCUGCGCGAGGCGCCGCUGGAGGGCCUGGCGGCCCGCAUGACCCCGUCGUCGAGGUUUGGCUACGCCUCGGAGUUUUCUCUGCAGUCCGAUAUGCCGUCGGCUGCACCUUCGGCGUCCACGUCACCCGCGAGCGGGGCGGCCAACGCAGCGAGCAACAACGCCAACCAUCACGUGCCCGUGACCGCCGUGCAAGAAGCCAAAUGGAUGGACGUGUCCGUCAAAAAGAACGAGUUGCAGAAGUGCUACGCCGAGGUGGUGUAUCGGCGGGUGUGGAGCCAGCCGUACCUGGCGCAGUUCCCGCUGCUGUGCCUCGAGUCUACGGUGGAGCGGCAGCUGAAGUUUAUGUGUGCCUUCUCGGCCAACUACAAGACGAACCGCAACGUGGUGCAGGCGACCCUCUUCUUUAUUAAGCAGCUCUGCGACGGGUACGUGUCGAAGCUGCCGCUGCAGGACGCGGCGCUGCACUUCCGAUCUGUCACGGUUUGCUAUGUUCCCAUGCUGCUGGAUAUGAUGGAGAGCGACUACCUGUGCGUGCGCAACCACGUCUACGACUUCAUCCUGAACCUCGGCGUGCAUCUGCAGCUGGUGGACCCGGCGGGCGUCUACCCGGGCUGCACCGAAGCGCUGGAGCAGGAACUGGUCUGGCUGCUGCUGACCAUUACGAGCCGUCAAGCGGUAUUGAAGGUCAGUGACGAGACAACGUGGACGGCGGCGGCCAAGUGUAUUCUCGCGGUGAUGCCGCCGCCUUACCAGUACCUCACCGACUGCCGCGUGCUCUUUCAAGUUCUGCAGCUGCCUGGGCUGUGGGAACUGUACCCCGAGGCGUUCAGCACCUUGGCGACGGCCUUCGCACGCAGUCUGCUGCGGAACAAAGACGUUGAUGCCCCUGCGACGGAGAACUUAGUCAUUGACGAGGCGGAGCUCGCCAAGCUGGGCAACUUUGCCGUGCCUGCCAUCCUCACCGUGUAUCGCCACUCCGCCACGCCCGGCUCACGAAAGGCGCUCUUCCAGCUCCUGCUGGCCUACGCAGCGCGGCGGCAGGGUCUGCAAAGCGUGAAGUAUGGCGGACGCACCGCCAGCCAAGUCCUCUCGCUGGAGGCGCGCGCCAGUGCGCUGCGUGAUUUAACAUCGGUGGACUUUUUCUGGUACGUGAUGCCGCUGCUGUAUUACAUGUCGGAGAACGUGCAGCGCGAACUCCCGCGGCGCAUCGCGGACGGUCUCGUGAAGAGUGACUUCGACGGCACGACGAAAAGCUGGAGCGUGGUGCUGCCGAUGGCGGAUCAGGUGCUGGGGGUUCUCGCUGACGACGCGGAGCUCGCGAGCAGCGUGCAGGCGCGCUUUAAAGCCGUCGAGGAUCUCCGCCGCAAGGACGAGGCCGCCUUCAUGGCGGCCCUGCAAGACUUACUGAAUGAGGUGGCCGACACAGUCCCGCAGCUCGUCGAGGAGCAGACGGACUUGGGCGACUGCAAGGUGGACAGCGCGGCGUGGCGCCUGGCCUUUGUCAGCCUGCGGUGGAGCGCGCGGUAUCUUCCGGAAGACAAGCACCGAGCGUUGACGGAGAAGCUGACGAGGAGCUUGGUCGACUUCAAAGAUGAGCGUGGCCGGACGCGCAGUCGAGCGCGCAUGGGGCACCUGUGCAUCUGCCUUCUCUCCUCACUCUCGGUGCUGUGCCGCACCUCGGCGCGGCGCGACAUCAUCACGUUUCGCGUCGUGUUGGAAGUGCUGUUGUUUGACCGCAAGGAUCCGCUAGAGGUGCGGACGGCGCUGGCGCUGUACUACCGCCUGAUGGAGUACAUCUGCGAGCCGUCCAAGCAGGGCCGCUACGCACUGCACACGUCGCGGGACAUGAGCAGCAUUUCUACCAUGAUCCUCCGUGAGAAGUCGCUGCGCAUCCCGGUGAGUGCGGCACAGCUGGUCAGCGUGCGGGUGCUGUGGGGUCUGUACCGCAGUCUUUCGCUGUCGCAGGAGGCAUCCGUCUGCAGAGCGCGGCACGUGCUGGUGCUGAUGCUGGCCAACUGCUGCACCGAGCGCAGCGGGGUGGAGGUGCGCACGUGGAAGACGGUGUUGGCGGAUCCCUACUCCCCCGUCGCGCUGCUCGCAGCAGAGAAAAUCCUUUACCUUUCCAGGGCGGAGGAGAGACCAGUAGCGGCGGCUGCUGCAGCGGCGGACGCCAGUGCUGACCCAACACGCGACAUCUAUCACGAGGCAACGCGCAUCUUGGAGAAGGGCCUCGCUGGCAAACGCGGAAAGCCGCCUGUUGGGUUUGGACUACUUCACGAAGACAACUUUCGUGACGGGGAGCGGGGGGAGAGGCCUUCCAUGAAGGCGCUGCGAGAGAUGGCCUUUUCGUAG